UUUACUCGCAACUCUUUCAUUUGCUUUUCGGAAGAAAAAUUUGAUUGCGAGAGAAAAAAAAAAACAGGGAAAAAAAAGAGAGCAAUAGAUUUGCUUUUGCUUCUUUCUUUCUUCCUUUUUCCUUUAUUGAUUACUAGAAGUGUGGAUGCUAACACGCUAACCCUGAUCCAAAAUCUACUGUUUUUUUUUUCCUGAUUUUGAUUCACAAAAAAAAAAAAUUGAUUCUUUGAUCUCCAAAGUUUCGAUCUUUGUUGUUAUUCUUAUCUGAUUGUCAAUCUGAAGCAACCUGUUCGUCUGAAUCUACGAACUUUCUUCUGUUUUCAUUUUUUGCUGCUGAAGAUUUGCGAAUCUGGGUUUAUUUCAUCGUCUUCAUGUCCGGGAGGAUUUCAUUUUUGGCAAAUCCUGUUCCGUGUCAUCACCUAGCUGAUUAUAAGCUAAGAUAUGGUACCGAUGGAUACAACUCCUUCCAAAACUUCUUCACAGCCUUCAAGAACGGAAGAACGAAGAUCAAACUGGAUCAUUCGGAUAUACCCAGAUGCAGUUCUUGUGGUGUCCUUCAUGACAGACUCUAUAUCUGCUUAAUCUGUCGUUUGAUUUCUUGUUCAAGCCAUACUAUUUCGCAUACCCAGACCAGAAAUGGCCACGAUAUCGCGGUUGACGUCGAGAGAUCCGAGCUUUAUUGCUGCUCUUGCUGUGAUCAGGUGUACGAUCCUGAUUUCGAUGAGGUUGUCGCGUCUAAGCAGCUCAUGGGUCUGGGUAUUCCCAUUAAAAACGGGCCCGAUGUUGCAGCGACGAGAUCGAGCAAGAAGAGGAGGUUGGACCCGGAACUAAACGGAUCAAAGCUUGUUGUCUUGUCCAGAGAUCGAAGGGAGAAGUGGGCAUUUCCUCUAGGAUUGCGGGGUCUGAACAAUCUGGGCAGCACUUGUUUCAUGAACUCGGUGUUGCAAGCUCUGGUUCAUGCUCCUCCUCUGAGAAACUUUUGGCUAAGUGGUCAGCAUAACCGUGAUCUAUGUCUGAAAAGAUCCGUGAAUCGGUUGUGCUUGCUCUGUGAUCUUGAUGCUCUCUUCUCCGCCAUGUUUUCUGGUGAUCGGACUCCAUUCAGCCCGGUUCAGUUCCUUUACAGUUGGUGGCAGCAUUCAGCCAAUCUAGCUACCUACGAGCAGCAGGAUUCACACGAGUUCUUCAUUUCGCUAUUAGACGGUAUCCAUGAGAACGAUGGAAAGGCAAAGACUCUUCAUCAAGAUCAUGAUGAAGAGUGCCAGUGUAUAACUCACAGGGCGUUUUCCGGUCUUUUGAGUUCGGAUGUGACCUGCACAUCUUGUGGAUCCACUUCAACCACGUACGAUCCCUUUGUCGACAUCUCUCUCACCUUGGAUCCGGCAAAUACCACGGGUUUCAGACGAAACAGACCCGAUGGCCCUAGCGAGACAACAACCUCGUCAACUCUCUUAGGCUGCUUGGACUUCUUCACUCGGCCAGAGAAGCUGGGACCGGACCAGAAACUCUACUGCCAAAGCUGCGGAGAAAAGAAGGAUUCUCUGAAGCAGAUGUCCAUAAAAAGGCUCCCUUUGGUUCUCUGCUUGCACCUCAAGCGUUUCGAGCAUUCUCUGGCGAGGAAAGCCUCGAGAAAGAUAGACCGGUACCUGCAGUACCCUUUCCGCUUAAACAUGACUCCAUACCUGUCCUCCUCCGUCCUCGGGAAGAAGUUCGGGAACAGAAUCUUUGCCCUCGAGAGAGAGAGCGAGGCUGCUGCUUCAUCAUCGUCAUCGACUGAGUUUGAGAUUUUCGCGGUGAUUACGCACUCGGGCAUGAUGGAAUCGGGGCAUUACUUCACGUACAUACGGCUGAAAGGGAUGUGGUACAGGUGCGACGAUGCGUGGAUAAACGAGGUGGACGAAUCGGUAGUGAGAGCGUCUGAGUGUUACAUGUUGUUUUAUGCCCAAGAAAUCGUUGUUCAAAAGGCUCUCAAGGGUCUUGGUCAUCUCCCUGAUAGUGAUGACGACUUUGCUUUCCCUAUGGCUGGUCUCUGCUGAUUUCCUUCGAGGCCCAUUAAAGGCCCAAUAAAUUUUGUUUUUUGUUC